GGGGGAGAGAGAGAGAGAGAAUAUAUAUAUAUAUAUAUAUAUUAUAUUUGCUUUCUUUAAUUGCUUCCUUUAGCUAACCCGGGAGUUGACGCCCCCGCCAUGUGCAAAUCCAGCAAGAGUUCCCACGUGCUCCCCAUCACCACCACGGUGGGGGUCGCCCGGGUCCUGCCCAGCGGGAAGGUCUACAGGCAGAUCUUCGACGACGAGAUCAACCUGGUGCACGCUCUGGGGCGGGCUAGGAGCAAGAUCACCCAGCACAAAGUCCUUCCAGGAAAGAUCCCGUUGGUGAGAGAUUUGGAAAAAAGAGCCAGCUAUGGAUUCUUGUCCGAACGCCAACAGAUGUGGAUCGAGGCAAUGCCCAACGAUCAGCUCACUGAAAAUCCAGUGCAGUACAAGGAGGCUAUGACUCUGGCACACGUGAAGGCUAAAGAGAACGAGAGUGUAAUUGCUGCGCGGGAAGUCAGAGGCCUUGCCGAUGUCAUCGUUCCAGAGAAAAGAACCAGCAAUAUCGUGGCGCGUAUCUACGAGAACAAAAAGUUGUGUUACGAAGAAAUUGUGGCCCAGUUCAGGCAGGAACUAGCAAGCAUCGGAAAGGAAAUGGAAGAAUGUUAUGUGAAGCCUGGGAAAUUAUUGUUGACCCAGUUGCAAGAAUCAGAUGAGGCUUUUGAAUCCUAUUUUCAUGCCUCUGAAAAUGACGUCACUUUAAUCUCCUACACCAUAGAGGACUUUGAGAAAAUGUGGGCCUUUUUCUUCCAAGAUACCCAGCAAAGAAGGCAGUGGAUUCGAGAACUGGAUGAUGCUUUACGCCAGGCUGAGGUGUACCGAGCAGAACGGAUCACAUUCGUCUUGAGCAAAUACACCAAGAUGCUAGAGGACACAGCCUAUCACUUAUCCUCAGAUGUCCACAGAUUCGUACACAAGGAAGCCAUGAUGAUCAACCAAGCGAUCCUGGCCAAUCGGAAGGCGAUCUCUAAGUUGUUCCUGAACCUGAUGGAGGCUGACCUCCAGAGGGAUUCUUUCUAUCGCUAUCAGCUGGAAGAGAGGAAGGAGAUCUGGAAAGCCGUGCAGAAGAAGCAUAUCGUUUCCAGUUUCCGAGAGUUUAUGGAAAGCGAAAGGAUACAGAACCCAAGUUCUGUGAAUGUGGAAGUGGAGAGCAUGCUAGAGGAUCAGCGAUCUCUGGCCCAAAAAAGGAACGAGCAUUUACUCUCCCUGGGCUCUUUGUUGCCUUUGAAGCAUACCAAGGCCGAAAUCAACGAAUGGUACGAGGCGCUGGUGGAAUUAAAUAAACGGAUCGACACUCACAACGUCCAGUCCAUGAUGAGAAUUCGCCUCCAGUAUGAGAAGGUUUGUCAGGAGUGUUUGGAAAAACUCCAGGAAUGCAAGCAAAAUCUGAUAGACCUGAAGAUUUGUACCCCCAAAGAGGCUGAGAAGAUUGUAAACCCCAAUUUCUAUCAGUUAAUCGGGAAGCUGCAGCUUCAAUUUGAAAUCAAGAUAGAUAAGAUGGACGCUGACUUGGAGCACUUGGUUAAAAUCAGCGAAAUCAACUGCAGGCACCUCUAUCAGUACUUCCAAGAUGUCCUGGCUAUCUUUGAUUUCCACCAGCAGAAACUCAGCCAACAGGACAACAAUCUUCAGAAAGCUUUAAACGAUUGUCGUGUCAAGCACGAAAAUAUGAACAAGCUAAGGGAGAUGAAUCUGGACAUAGCAGUGGACAAACUCAGGAUGCAAAGCACCGAUGAAAAACUCAAAGCCUACCUCGAGAAGGUUUAUGCUGCCUUGGACAUCAUUCGCAAUGGGUACACCGCCUUCCAUCAAGACCUCUUGUCUAAGGUGAUCGCUUACCCACGCCACGUUCGGCACGAGCUUCUUUCCUACAGCGCCACCAUCAGUCGGUAUUUUUACGUCCUGGGCAGCUACAAAGGGGUAGGCAGAAAAACAGAUCGCUUAAUACAACCUGCAUGA